AUAGAAGGCUCUUCUGAUGCUUACAGAGAGGAUAACAACUGUAUAAAUGAAGUACUUAAAAAGCUACAAGGGCUUCAGACCAGAGAAAACUUCUUUACUUCCAGACUUCUUUUUUUACCAAAUGUCUGAAAACAUGUAAUAGAAAUGGAAGAAAUUUUGAAUUGACUGCUUGAUUUGGUAUAAUACUAAACAGUAAGAUCCCUGAAGAGAACAGAGAAAAGAACAAGGGAGAAUUAGAAAAAGGAAUUUCUUAAUAGUCAUAUUAAAUAUAAUUCAAAAAUAAUAAUCGUCAAACAUAGCUUUAUGAGGGAAGCUAAAAUGUUCCUCCUACGGCAAGCAGUCAGUAAUGCAAGGCAACUGGCGCCAAGCGUUAGGGCUAUGUCUAGCAAGGGUCCAUUAGUGGACCUGACAGUUGACAAUGAUGGCGUCGCCAUUAUGACACUGCAAAGACCUCCAGUGAACAGCCUCAACCUAGACCUGUUGAAAGAAAUCAGCAAAUCUCUAGAUGAUGUAGCCAAGAAUAAAAGUAGAGGAAUGAUAUUGACUUCGUCCUCACCAACAGUAUUUUCAGCUGGUCUGGAUAUUAUGGAAAUGUACAAGCCCGAUAUGAAAAGAGCGGAGGAGUUCUGGACUACCCUGCAGGAUGUAUGGUUCAAGUUGUACGGAUCAAGCUUCGCUACAGCCGCAGCAGUCAAUGGCCACGCACCAGCCGGUGGCUGCCUCUUAUCCAUGUCCUGCGAGUACCGCGCCAUGGUGGGGGGCAAGUUCACCAUAGGGCUCAACGAGACAGCCCUGGGAAUAGUCGCGCCGAAGUGGUUCAUGGACACCAUGUGCAGAACUAUUUCCAUGAGGCAGGCUGAAUUAGCGCUCACUACCGCAAAAAUGUUUACAGUGGACGAAGCGUUGAAGUGUGAACUGAUCGACGAAAUCGCCACAGACAAAGCAGACGCUAUCAAUAAAUGUAAGACUUUCUUGAAGAAGUUCGAGAAAAUCCCACCCUUAGCACGAGCUAUCACUAAGCUGAAGAUGCGGGAAGAACCUAUCAAAAACUUGCAAACAAACAGACAAGCGGACGUGCAAGAAUUUCUAUCCUUCCUCAAGAACCCCAAUGUGCAGCAAAGUCUUGAAAUGUACAUACAGGCGCUGAAACAGAAGGCUGCAAAAUGAUGGUGAAAAUUGAAAAAUAACCUUUUAACGUUUGACCCAAUAUUGUAAUGACCAUAAUUAUUAAUCAAUGCAAUAUUUUUAUUUCUGAAAAUUGCAUUCAUUUUAUUUUAAUAUAUUAAAAUUUAUUUUGGUCCCUAUAAUCCAAACAAUGGUCAAAGAAAAAUUAUAAUAAUGUAAGUCUGGGGAAAUACAAUCGUAUUUCCCUACUUUGACAUUUUUUCCACAAAAUAAGGGAUGAAAUGAAAAAUAAAUUAUUUAUUUAAACUCUUUAUUUGUACACCACUACACAGUUAGUAAAAUAAAGGACGAAUAGAGAGAAACACAAAAAACUGGAGUAGAAUACAAAAGGCGGCCUUAUCGCUUAAAAGCGAUCUCUGCCAGGCAACCUUAGGAUUAGGAGACAACAAGAGCGAGAACAAAUCGGUGGGAAGAAAUUAUAUUUUUUUAAUGGAUUUUAGAUCAAUUGAUAACAGUCACCAAAGGUAUAGGCUUAGGGAAACAAUUCUCGUAUUAUUCCUGACAAAACCUGCCUGAGAAAACCCUGUCACAAUUAAAUCAGCCAGUUCAAAGAAGAGCGUAGUCCAACACAAAAAAAUAAAAAAUAAAAAACGUGAGUUUGGAUAAUGCUAUCAAUCAAAAGAAAAAUAAGUAUGUGCUUAUAAUUUUUUAUUUCAAUUGUAUAGUGCAUUAAAAUAAAUAUAUAAUAAUAGUAAUUUAUGUUGUUGUAAUCUUUUACAUACGCAUUAUAUAUACUUUGUUAGAAUAUAAGAACAAUAAUUGUAACAUAAAAGUUGUAACAUAAUCCUAUUAGGAAUGUAAACAAUUACAGAAUGUAAACAAAAAGUAAAAGUAUUGCACAUGGCAAUAAUUAGAAAAUGACCGGUUUUCAUCCAACGAUACCUGAUUAUAAAUUAUAUUGUUCUCUAAAGUGUAUUUUGUUUAAAAAAUUGAUAUUAUUAAUUUCACCUUGAGUCACGAAAAAUAGAAUCAUUUUUAUAAAACUACAUUUUAAUAAUCUCAUUUAGGCCACCCAAGCGAUAUAUUCGCCUGAAUGAAUAUAAUGAUUCUUUUAUGACCUACCAAGUAGGUUUAUUUUACAGUUUUAUUAAGUAAUACUAUUUCCCAUUAAACUAUGUGAAAAAAAAUAACGAUCCAAAUUGGCAACAUUGCCUAUGAGGCAUAUCAAAGUGUUCAUAAUUUAUAUUUUUUAUUGUAUGUUUAUAUUUUAUUAUUACUUUAAUAAAUGUUUUAA